ACGUAAUUUCUCUCUUCUUCCCAUUAUCCUUGAAAGCAAAAGAACAAAAAUUCCUUUUGUCUUUUCAUGGCUCCUUUUCUUUCCCAGACCAUAAUGAGGCUCAGCCCAAUCAGCAAACCGCGCUCUUCCUCCUAUCGUCUCCUUUCCGUCCGAACCCAAUCCACCCAACCCAACCAUUCCGACCUCUCCGAUCCUUCCUCCGACUCCUCUUCCUCCUCCGAUCAGCUCCUGCGAAAACUUGAAGACGCGAUUCACCGUAUCAUCGUACGCCGUUCAGCCCCCGAUUGGCUUCCUUUCCUCCCCGGAUCCUCUUAUUGGGUCCCGCCAUCCGCAGCUCACUCUUACGGCCUUGCCCAGCUCGUUGAGAAAUUGGCUAAUCCAUUGACCCCGGAGGAGUCCAUGUCCACCACCACCGUCCGAGGUUGGCCCUCCUCUGAUUAUUUCAUCAAAGGUAGAUCCCCGCAUCCAGUGGAGGUAGAUAUAACUUCAAGUAUUUCAUCUAAAUCUGAGGAUGAGGAAGGAUGAAGCCAUGCCUAUUGCUCACAAUAGCAUCUGGGGCUCAUCCAGAAUUGUGAAGUUACAGGAGGAAUAAGAAGUAGAUUCGUUGACAAGAUCUUUCAGUCAGAUUGGAGGAGCUGUACAGGUGCAAUGUGGCUAGUGGAGCAGAAAUAAAUUCUUUUUAAAAUUUCACAGCUGAAAUGAUUCUGUUUUAUGUAUUUUAAAGAAGAGGGACUAGUUCUUCUCAGUUAGAUUAUAUAUGCACCAUCCAAAUUCAGGUGUGCUGUAAAUCUGGAUUAACGUUGCUAUAUUUCAGCUUUUUCCCUGUGUAAAUAUUCGAAUCUUUUUAAUACUGAUUGAAAAAUGCUCAUCUUAGUCUCA